AUGCGCCGGGACGGCGCUGGCGGGGUUAGGGGGAGCUGGAGGCCGGCGUCGGGGGAGCAGGGCAGGAGGCCGGCGCUGAGAAGUGAGAACGGCGGCGCUGCAGUUUGUGGGCCUGGGGAGAGGAAGCAGCAGGCUUCGCUUCGCUCCAGGGUCCAGACACUUGUCCAGGCUCGCUUCGCCAUGCAUCAGAGACCAGCAGCCCUCCGCCGCCACUCAGUCCCGCCAGCCGUCCCCUUCCUCCUCGCGGUAGCGACGGCGGCCGCGGCCAUCUCCGCCGUGUCCGGCGCCGACCCGGUGAUCGUGGCGACGAUGUGCGGGCCGACCCCCGCGUCCGACCCGGAGACCUUCGACGUGAGCUUCGUCAACGCGCUCGAGCUCAUCUACCAGAACGUCACCCGCUCCGGCUUCGGCACCGCCUUCUCCUCCUCCUCCCCCGGCUCCGGCACAGGCGACAACAACUCCUCCAACUCCAGCGUGAGCCGCGUGAAGCUGCCCCGCUGCCUCCCCUCCACCGCCGGCCGCAUCUUCCUGGACGGCUGCUUCCUCCGCUACGGCGCCGCCCGCCGCGACUUCUCCGCGGACCCCUUCUCCCCCGACUCCGACACCGCCGUCUGCAGCUCCUCAAACAACAGCAACAGAACAAGAGCAGCGUCCUUCGCGGGCGCGGCAGCGGGGCUGCUGCGGAACGUGACGGAUGCCGCGCCGGGGGGCGAGGGGUACUACUCCUAUGGGGCGGCCGGUGCCGGUACCGGGGACGGGGAAGAAAGGGUGUACGCGGCGGCGCAGUGCUGGAGGUCGCUCAACGCCACGGCGUGCGGGGAAUGCGUGGCCAGCGCGCGUGAAAGGGUCGUCCGGCGGUGUCUGCCCGGCGCCCUUCUUCCUCCCGUCCGACGCCAACGCCAACGCCAACGCCGGUGGAGCAUCAUCGUCAUCCACCGGCACGUGAUCAUCGUCGUCGUCGUCGCCUCCGUCUUCUCCGCCGCGGCGGUGCUCGGCAUCGCGUAUCUCUGGACGAGGAUGCGGCCCAGCAGCGGAAGCGACGACCUUCGCCAUGACGAUCACAUGGACGGCUCCGGCGAGAUCAUCCGCGCCAUCGCCGCGUCGCAGCUCGGGUUCCGGUACGAGGAGCUCCGCAGCGCCACCGACGGCUUCAACCAGAUCAACAAGCUCGGCCAGGGCAGCUACGGCUCCGUUUACAAGGCACAUGCAUACAUUGCAUAUAUUUGCCAUCUUCUUCCUCUUCCUUUUGGGAAGACUCCUCUCUUGUUGAAUGACUCUGGAUAUGGCGGCCGGCAGGGGAUGCUGGCGGACGGUCGGGAGAUCGCGGUGAAGCGGCUCUUCUUCCACACGAGGCAGUGGGCGGAGCAGUUCUACAACGAGGUGCGGAUGGUGAGCCAGGUGCAGCACAAGAACCUGGUCAAGCUCCUCGGCUGCAGCGUCGACGGCCCCGAGAGCCUCCUCGUCUACGACUACCUCUGCAACACCAGCCUCGACCACUACCUCUUUGGUUACUACCACCUCCAAUAAUUCCCCUCCUCCAAGAAGAACGCGUUGGAUUGGGAGCGGCGGUCGGAGAUCGUCCUCUGCACGGCGGAGGGCCUGUCGUACCUCCAUAACGCUUCUGAGAUCAGGAUCAUACAUAAGGACAUCAAGGCCAGCAAUGUGGCAUCAAUCCAAUGGUAUCAUUUGAUAUACCAUUUCUAAAUUCGAUUAAUGUCAUAACAUUUGCCUC